GCCCUUUCAAUUCAACCAGAAAGCGAUCCAUCCCUAUCAAUUAUUGUUCACUUCCUCCUUUAAACGUCGAGCACACAACCAAGUUACCACAGCUCCCCUCAACACUCCUACACCCGACCCAACAUGGCCGCAACCACCACCAAGACGGAUGGCACCCCGAAAUUCCACCCUGCAGCCUCAGAUUUCCGUCCAGAAAAUAUCUCCGUCUCCCAACCACCAAUCCAUGAUGGCCUCCAAUUCUGGCAGUUUAUGGUCGCUGGUUCGGUCGCUGGCUCCGUGGAGCACAUGGCAAUGUUCCCAAUCGACACCCUCAAAACCCGCAUGCAGGCGAUUGGGUCCUCCUCCUCCGCAUGCAAAACCGCCGCACCCUCGAAGAAACUCGGCCAAUCCUUUGUUUCCAUUAUGAGAGCAGAAGGCCUGGGUGGGUUCUAUCGUGGGAUUGCUGCAAUGGGACUGGGGGCUGGACCUGCCCAUGCAUUGUAUUUCUCUGUGUACGAGCUGUGCAAGAAGCAUCUAUCCGCCAACAAUCCAAACAACUCCGUCGCACACGCCCUUUCCGGAGUGUUUGCUACCGUGGCCAGCGAUGCCGUGAUGACGCCAAUGGACGUGGUGAAGCAAAGACUGCAGUUGAGCGGGAGUCCUUACAAGGGAUUCGGAGAUUGUGUGAAGAGGGUGCUGUUAGAAGAGGGGGUCGGGGCCUUCUACGCUAGUUAUCGGACCACCGUGGUCAUGAAUGCACCUUUCACUGCGGUUCAUUUCGCAACUUAUGAGGCUGCAAAAAGGGCUCUGAUGGAGGUAUCGCCUCAAAAUUACGUGCGGGAUGAUGAAGAAACUCUGCUGCUGCAUGCUACUGCAGGUGCUGCCGCCGGAGCAUUGGCUGCUGCAGUUACUACUCCUCUUGAUGUUGUCAAAACUCAGUUGCAGUGUCAGGGUGUUUGUGGCUGCGAUCGGUUCUCGAGUGGCUCGAUCACGGAUGUGGUUCAGGCGAUCGUGAAAAAAGAGGGUUAUGGGGGGCUUAUGCGGGGUUGGAUCCCCAGAAUGCUGUUCCAUGCACCGGCCGCGGCUAUCUGCUGGUCUACCUAUGAAGCUGUCAAAAGCUUUUUCCACACUAGAAAUGGCUCCGAGGAUGGCUGAGGACAAAAGUUACUUCCAUUGGAUGCGCCAACUAUAAAAUCACGUUGAGCAAAAUUGUUGAAGAAACCGCUUUUCCUUCUCAUGUACAGGGGAUUGGAAGAAUAAUUAACUUGUCAAUUUUUCAACCGACUUGGUAGUUACACUAUCAAUUCGGAUAUCA